UUUAGGGUAACACUACUUUUAGACAUAAACAUGUGCGUUGUUCGCUGCGCAUUUUAGAAAUUUACAACAAUGAGCGGUCCAGAAAAAAUACCACAGUUCCAUGAACUCGAGCUGGACCAUCGCAUCCUCAAGGCAGUGUCCAAGCUGGGGUGGGAGCAGCCCACGCUGAUUCAGGGCACGGCUAUUCCGCUGCUGCUUGAGGGCAAGGAUGUUGUCGUGCGCGCUCGCACCGGCUCCGGCAAGACGGCCACAUAUGCCCUGCCGCUGAUACAGAAAAUUCUCAACUCCAAGCUCACUGCCACCGAGCAAUGUGUGAGCGCCGUGGUGCUGGCCCCAACCAAAGAGCUGUGCCGGCAGUCGCGCGCCGUCCUCGAGCAGCUGGCCGAACUCUGCCACAAGGUUGUGCGCGUUGCGGACAUUUCGGGCACAAGCAGCAACACUGCAACCGAGCGCCAUGCCCUGGCCGAGCGCCCCGACAUUGUUGUGGCCACUCCAGCCAAGCUGCUGAACCACGCCAAGGUCGACGGUGUGUUGGACCUGAAGAAAGUCGAGACUCUGGUGGUGGAUGAGGCAGAUCUGAUAUUUGCCUUCGGCUACGAAACGGACUUCAAGGCAUUGCUGAAACAUCUGCCAUCCAUAUACCAGUCGGUGCUCGUCUCGGCCACGCUCUCAGACGAUGUGGUGCGCAUGAAGGGUCUGUGCCUGCACAAUCCAGUCACGCUCAAGCUGGAGGAGCCCGAUGUGGUGUCACAGGAUCAGCUCACGCACCAGCGCAUCCUGGCCGAAGAGAACGAGAAGCCGGUCAUCCUGUACGCCCUGCUUAAGCUGCAACUUGUGCGCGGCAAGUCCAUCAUAUUCGUCAACACCAUCGAUCGCAGCUACAAAAUUCGCUUGUUCUUGGAGCAAUUUGGCAUUAGGGCGUGCGUGCUCAAUCCACAGCUGCCGGCCUCGAUUCGCAUCAACAUGAUUAGCCAGUUCAACAAGGGCACGUACGACAUCAUCAUUGCCUCCGACCAGCACUACCUCGAACGUCCCGACAAUGCAAGCGUCCAGGACAAGCGCAAGUCAUCGCGCGGCGACUUCGAGUCGAGCGCCUCGCGUGGCAUCGACUUCCAGUCGGUGAAUAAUGUCAUCAACUUUGACUUUCCGCUGGAUGUUACCUCGUACAUUCAUCGUGCCGGACGCACGGCCAGAGGCAACAACAAGGGCUCUGUGCUGUCGCUGGUCAGCAUCAAGGAGUCGAGCGUCAACGAUGCCGUCGAGCAGAAGCUCCGUGUGACUUUCAGUGCCAAGAAGGGCGACACCAUCAUCAAAAAUUACCAAUUCAAAAUGGACGAACUGGAGUCCUUUCGCUAUCGUGCGUACGAUGCCUGGCGUGCCGCCUCGCGGGUUGCCGUGCAGGAGACUCGCCUGCGCGAAAUCAAAACCGAGGUGCUCAACAGUGUCAAGCUCAAGGGCUACUUCGAGGAUCAUCAGCGUGAUCUGAAUGCCCUGCGGCACGACAAGCCGCUGCGCAUACUGAAAACGCCCAGCCAUUUGUCCGACAUGCCCGAGUACAUGGUGCCCAAGGUGCUGAAGCGUGUCGUUGGCUCCACCACAGUCUCGAGCGAAUCCUCCGCGGAUGGCAAGCGGCCACGCCACACGACAGGCGCCAAGGCAGCCUUCGACCGCAAGACCAACGAUCCUUUGAUGGUGGAGUUUGGCAAUCGCCGCUCCAGCACAAGGCAAAAAAAGAAGAAAAACUUUUAGCUAGUUCAUUUAGUUUGUAAAUCGAAAGAAAGUCUUUUAUAGAGUACAUAAAUAUCGUGUGUUUCCAUGAGUUAAAGUCGGAAGUUUUGUAAUUGUUUCAUUGAGCAGAAAGAAAACAAAAACGAAAGAGAGGGCCACAGCCUGUCCCUUUCAGAGGCGUGCGAAUAAAUGUGUUCACUGGGGAGGGAAGGAAAUUGCCCCAUCAACUGACGCCAAAUGAGGAUGGGAAAUUGGUCGUUUUUAACAUUUUAUUAUUGUCAUUGAAAUAGUUAACAUUCAUACAAUUAUUUAUUUAUAGCGUUUAUGCAAAUACAAUAAUAAUAAUAGCAAUCAUGAGAAUAUUACUAAAGACAACAAAGACUAACGCUCCUGGCCAACCUGGUGCUAUAACCAAAGUUUGUGUCGUGUCUGCCAGGAAUUAUCAACUCCCUGGGACAAAUCGGAACAAAGGAAGGGGCGGGGCAGGGCAAAGUGCUCGGGUUUGUGUCCCACUAUCGUAUUAAUGACUUUUAUAAUAUCGCUUUUGCUACACGCUAAAAAUAUAUUCAUAUGUGUACAUCAAAUGUUAAUUUAGCCAUAAACAUAAUCAUAAUAAUCAUAAUAAUAAUAAUAAUAGGAGGUGUUAGGUUUAGGUAUGCGCGGUUAUCCCUGGUUCCUAAUGGUUCUCUCUCUCUCCAUCUCUCUCGCUCUCGCUGCAGCCCACGGCAGUGCGUUGACUAUUCUGGAGUGGAUGACUGUACUCUUGGUCCUUCGCUGUCUUUAACUCUUUCGCUCAGGGGGCAGAUCGUAAUAUUAAGGAGGAAAACAACAUCGAAUUGCAAGGGAAAGUUGAACGGAAAAAGGCAACAAAAAGUUUUGGACUAAAAUGCAGCCAUACACAUACAUACAUACAUACAUACAUACAUAUGCAUGUACAUAAUAUACUCUAUGUAUACAUAUUUCGUUACAUAUUUAUGUGUAUGUAUUUCUAUAAACGUUUUGCUCUCAUUAUGUUUGUUAUAUAAUUGUAUAAUCUUUAUAUACUGUAAUGUUUUCUUUUUUGUAUGUGUUAAAUUACGAUGCUAAAAAAUGUUCGCUCUCUCUUCCUACUUUCUUCAUCGAAAAUCCGUUGGAUUCUUCGUUCGUUUUCUGUUCGUUUCUAUGGGGGGGUUUUUGGUUUUUGGUUUUAGUUUUUAGUUUUUGUUUUUGUAACACACAUACAGAACUCUUUUUUAAUUUAUUGGUUGCAACAAGACAUCAAAAUAUCAUACAUAUUUUCAUUAGAAAAACAUUUCCCCUCUCAUCCUCCUCUUCCAUUGAUCCUGCGCUGUCUAUGGCUGUAAUUCUCCUCCUUCGCGUUCGGCAGCUGUUCCUCCUCCUUUCGUUUUUGUGAGUGGAUUGUGGGUGGAGCAUGUGCGGUGGAAGGAGCAGUGGACGCAGAUCUCGUAAACAUUUAGAAUGGAUAACAAACAGAA